CAAAGUUUGGUUACGAGGCAAAAGGUCGUAUGGGUCUUGCAGCAAAACUUGCCAAGCUUCCAAAAUCUUUGAGCCAGCUCAGGCUGAAUGUUGGCCGAGCUCCCCUUGAAUAUCAGCUCAGCCCUCUUGGGUUUCAGGUGGUGACCAGCUGGUUUUUAUCCACUGCCCAGUACAGCUUGGGCACUCCCUGGUGUUGUGCUUCAGAGUUUGGGUGGUUGUUAAAAUUCAGAGCACAACUCAAGCAGCUCAACGGAUCCCUGGCAUAACCCUGUUGGCUUAAUGAAUUUAUUCUGAAGCUGACUUUGCCCCAGAGAGCGAGGGGUGUGUAGGCACACACACAGCCAUGCCAGAACAUUUGCAUGAACCCAUGAACAGCUCAAGCUGCUGAGCUUAGCACUGAAAGGAUUUGGAAAGUGGAAAAUCUUAGUGUUUCAGUCAGGACCAUCCAUAGGCACAGGAUGAUCAGGAAGACAAUGUUGAGCCUGGGAAAACACGUGUCCUCCAUGGCACGUGGGACCACCCAGGUGAGAAGACUUCUGCAUGGUGGUUAUGUCAGGAUUCAUCCCUCUGUACAGGAAGCUCUGGUGGAGGGGAGACCCGUGGUAGCCUUGGAAAGCACCAUCAUUACACAUGGCAUGGCCUAUCCUCUGAAUUUGAGCAUGGCCAGAGAGGUGGAAGAAAUUGUAAGAACAAAUGGAGCAGUGCCAGCCACUGUAGGUAUUUUAAGGGGGCAAAUCCACGUGGGACUCACAGAUGAGGAACUCGAGUUCUUGGCAAGCAGUAAAAAUGCAGUUAAGGUGUCUCGCAGAGAUUUUCCUUUUGUCCUCAGCCAGGGCUUGUCUGGAGGCACUACCGUGUCUGGAACAAUGAUUGCAGCACACAAAGCAGGAAUUCCUGUGUUUGUGUCAGGUGGCAUAGGAGGUGUCCAUCGGGAUGGGGAGAACACUCUGGAUGUGAGUGCUGACUUGACAGAGCUAGGACGAACUCCAGUCGCUGUUGUAGCUGCAGGAGCCAAGUCUAUCCUUGAUAUUGGCAGGACACUGGAAUAUCUGGAGACCCAGGGUGUGUGUGUGGCUGCCUUUGGAGAAUCAAGAGAGUUCCCAGCCUUCUUCUCACGCCAGAGUGGCUUCCAAGCACCAUAUCAUGUCCGGGAUGAAGAGGAGGCAGCUAAACUCAUCGACAGUGCCCUGGGGCUGGGGCUGGGCAGUGGAGUGCUGAUAGCAGUGCCCUGUCCCCAGGAGCGAGCUGCCCAGGGCCAGGCCAUCGAAGAGGCCAUCCAGCAAGCUCUCAGCCAAGCCAGGUCCAAAGGAAUCACAGGCAAAGAAGUGACCCCCUUUUUGUUACAGAAGCUCGUAGAGUUAACUGAUGGGAAAUCAUUGGACUCCAACCUUGCACUGAUCCAGAACAAUGCCAGAGUGGGCAGCUGCAUUGCAGUGGCCCUGAGCAAACUGCAGAAAGCCAGAAGGAAAAGGAACCUGCCUCGGCCAGGGGACAUGACAGCACCACAACCAGUGGUGAUUGGCGGUAUCAACGUUGACUUUAUAGCCAAGGCACAGAACCCUGACAUCCUGGGCGGCGGGCAGACAAAUGCUGGAAGAGUGAGACGAACCUUUGGCGGUGUUGGCAGGAAUUUGGCAGACUGUCUAAGCCGUCUUGGACAAACUCCUCUCCUUUUAUCAGCAGUGGGGAAGGAUGAGCACUUAGAGUCUGUCCUGCACUACUGCCACCACAUGGACGUGAGCAGCAUCCUUCAGCUGGAGGGGAAGAGCACAGCCACUUACUGUGCUGUGAUCACCAGUGCUGGGGAGCUCAGCGUUGGCUUGGGAGACAUGGACAUCCACCACCAGAUAACAGAGCACUAUGUGUCCCAGUUCAAGGAGAACCUGUGCCAGGCCCCGCUUGUUUGCAUGGAUGGAAAUGUGCCUCUCUCCACUAUUCAGUACGUCUGCCAACUAGCCAGAGAGCACCAGCUAGCAGUGUGCUAUGAGCCAACAGAUGAGAACAAAGCCUCUAAGCCGUUCCUGUCAGACAGCUGGAAAGCACUCACAUACAUUUCCCCCAACCUGCAAGAGCUGAGAGCAAUAAAUCGGACCCUUGGGAACCCUCUGCCAGCAGAGCUGCCAUCCAGGUUGGAGGAUGUUGUCCAGGCUGCAGUGGCCCUGGCCUGCCCUUUGCUGGCCCACCUGCACUGUGUGGUGGUGACCCUCGGUGCUCACGGUGUCCUCCUGUGUGGGAAGAGCCUGGGAGGGAGCAUCUCCCUUUAUCCAGGAGCUCCUGAGCAGACUGCUGCUGCCAGGCUCUGUGCUGCCCACUACCCUGCCAUCCCCAUCGGCAGGGAGGAGAUAGUCAACGUCUCAGGAGCUGGUGACAGCUUGAUGGCAGGAAUCCUUGCAGGGAUGCUUGCUAAACAUGACACAGACACGUGUGUCAGGAUGGGUCUGCUGGCUGCCAGCUUGUCUCUCCGUUCCUAUGAGCCCAUUUCCCCAGAAAUCAGCACCUCCAGUGUCAGCCAGGAGCAAGUCCAGAGCAGGGGCUGGCCAGAGGUGAAGGUAUGGAAUAUGGACUAGAACACUGUGGCUUUCUCCUCUAUCACCUCACUGCACUCACAGCAUUCCUAUUUUCAAGAACUGGACUGUGUUUUGAGUUUUGAGAACAGUCAUCUACUUUGGUCCUGGGUAAACUCUCAGGAAAGGAGGCCUCGACCCAGGGAACUUCUGUGGAAUGAAAAGCAGAUUUCUGGUCUUUCAGACCUCCUGGUUUUCUGACCUCCAGGCCUUCUAGAUUUUCUAUUGAGGGAAUUUUUUCUUCCUCCACCUUGUGUCACUGUUGUCCAUUUUCACAGUAGCUCCUCUGUCAUUGACUCCUGGAUCUUCAGGACCAGGUCCCUUCAGCUGGGCCCAGCAGCAACCUCUGCUUUUGCUGCUUAUCUUUCCUGUCCAAGAGGUCCCAUGGGUCACAAGCUGUGGCAGGGUGCAGCUGGCAGGAACAGGACACUCUAGGAUAACCUCAUCCAUCUUCCCAAGGCUGCCAGCACACACCACACCUUCUUGCUCUGAAGUCCAAUGCCCCUGGAGAAAAUAGGCAAGACAAAGUAAAGAAGAGUGACCAGGGGCCAGCUGGUGGCCUUUAAAAGAUGACAGCCCCUUGUUCCACAUGCUUUCCUCUGAACUUGGGGCUUCCUUUCUUCUUCAGUCCUGAGUGUCAAGUCUGAAGUGAAAGAGAUCAGAGGCAGCCAAGGCAUCUGCCAUGGAAGCAGUGAGGAAAAGUCAGCUUCUCUCUCUGAGCAUGUAACGUGCACAGGAUGCAACUGUGGGUGCCAACAGAUUGGUGAACACUGAAACUCAUUAAAACUGAUUUCUA